AUGGCGUCAAAUAUCAAGGUAUCUGACACUAAUAUUGAGAAGAAGAAUAAAUCUAUAGCCAAGAAAAAACGAAAUAUGAAGACUCAGGAGGAUAUAUCAACUGAAAAAUCAUCGAAUUGGAAUAAUAAUGAUAAAAUACCCAAAAGAAUAAGAAAGUCCUCAUUAGUAAAAGCUCAAAAGAAAUUCGCUAUAUUUGACGAUACUAGAGAGCAUGAAAAUAAAUAUGAAGCAUUAUCAUUGAGUACUUCUGACCAAGAAGAAGUAAUAAUAUUAGACGAUGAGGAAAAGUCCGGUACAAAUGUAACAAAAAGUAUAAAAGUUGUUCAUGUGGAUGAUGAACAGAAUAAUAAAUCUAAUAAUGAAGCGAAGAAGGUGAAGUUAAACGGCGGGCUGGAGCAAAAUGCAGAUUUUAUUGGGUUUAGUUCAAGUGAUGGUGAGCAGGAUGCUUCCGACGAGGAUAGCGCAGAUGUGGAAACUGAGAAUGAAAGGUCAUCUUCAGAUGUUAAAGUACUUGGUUUUAACUCCGAGUAUCCAUGGAUUUUGAAUCGUGAUCAUUCGAAACAGCGUGAGAUAGCGGAUUGGUUGACUUUAGAAAUCAAGGACUUCAUUUCGUAUAUUUCCCCUAGUAGAGAGGAAAUUAGGCAGCGUAAUGAGGCCAUCUCAAAGCUUAAGGCUGCUGUAAGGAGCUUUUGGCCUGAUGCGGACUUACUCUGUUUUGGUUCUUACGCUACUGAUUUGUACUUGCCGGGCUCUGAUAUCGACUGCGUGGUAAAUAGCAAAGGAGGUGAUAAACAAAAUAAGAAUGCCUUAUACUCCCUGGCUUCCUACCUGAGGAGGAACGGUCUGGCAACGCAAGUAACGGUCAUUGCGAAAGCCAGAGUGCCGAUCAUCAAGUUCGUAGAGCCUCAAUCGCAGAUUCAUAUUGACUUAUCUUUCGAAAGAACGAACGGUGUAGAAGCCGCAAAGAUCAUCCGCGGUUGGCUAUCGGAAACGCGUGGCCUUCGUGAAUUGGUUCUGAUAGUAAAGCAGUUUUUGCAUGCAAGGAAACUUAACGAUGUGCAUAUAGGUGGCCUGGGAGGCUUCAGCAUCAUCUGUCUAGUCUAUUCUUUCCUACAGUUACAUCCUAGGAUAAUAUGCAGGGAUAUUGACCCAAUGCAGAACUUGGGAGUGCUGCUGAUCGACUUCUUUGAGCUCUACGGCAAGAACUUUGGUUAUGACGAUGUAGGCAUCACAGUCACAGACAAUCAGGUGGGGUAUAUCAUGAAAAGGGACCAUCCCGAACUUACGCAAAACCUGCGAGGCAGUUUCAAUCUCGUUAUUCAAGACCCCGGAGAUCCAUGUAACAAUAUCAGCAGGGGCUCGUUUAACGUGCGUGAUAUCAAGAAGGCUUUUGCAGGAGCUUUCGACCUUCUAACGAAUAGAUGCUUCGAACUAGACGCCUCCACAUUCAAGCAUCGUGUGGGCAAGAGUAUUUUAGGCAAUGUUAUCAAGUAUAAUGGUGCUAAGAGAGACUUUAAAGACGAGAGAGGCCUUGUUAUCAACCAAGCGAUCCGUGAAAACGAAGAAUUCCACCAGAUGCGCGGCAGAAUCGUACGCACUGAGUAUGAAGGCGAGUUUAUCGACUUAAGCGAUGAAGAGGAGGACCUAUACAAACUGGAACCUGCUAAAAAGAAGGUAAAAACCACUAAGAAAAAUAGCAAAGCCCCCUCGAUUGCGGAGUCUAAUAACAGCGACCAAAGCGACGGCUACGAUCCUGCAGGAAAUCAGGCUCUAGCAACCACUCCACGUAACGGUGUCGAGGGCAAGGGCGACGGUUACGUCCCUGGCAAAACAACUACCUACAAGAAUAACGUUGACAAAUUGAUGGGCCUUGACAAUGACGACCCCGACGACUAUCAGCCUACGUUCGCCAAUGAGCCUUCCGAAGAAGAAGAGGACGACUACAAUCCAAGAGUUGAUAAAGUUAACAAACGCAAAUAUUGGCUAAAUAAGGGCAAGUCUAUGUAA